CAUUUUUAUAUAUAAGUUCUUACAUCUACCUCACAAAUUAUAUAUGAGCAAGAUACACAGACAGUAAAUUAUAUAAACCAAUCCUUACACCUUCUUGUAUUAAUUUUUACACCUCUUCUUUAAUUCUACUCACAGCUGAUUACAAUAAUCUAUAUUUAUAUUAACCAUAACUCAUAAAAUGGUACCUCUUCUUCUGACACUGAUUUUCAGUUGUUUCAUUGGGGCUUCACAAGGCCUCCAAGUUGGCUUCUACGCCAACACCUGCCCCAACGCCGAAUCGAUUGUCCGUCGCGUCGUCAGUGAAGCAGCCGCCUCCGAACAAAAUGCUCCGCCCGUCUUGCUUAGACUUCACUUCCACGAUUGCUUUGUUAACGGCUGUGAUGGGUCAAUUCUGAUAGCCACUGGCCUCGAAACUGACGAGAAGGGUGCAUUUGGGCAUCAAGGAGUGCAAGGGUUUGAAAUUAUAGAGAGGGCAAAGGCUCAAUUGGAAGCGACGUGUCCAGGAAUUGUUUCUUGUGCAGACAUAGUAGCCUUGGCUGCUAGAGAUGCAGUAUUUUUGACAAACGGACCGCUGUACGAGGUUCCGACCGGUAGAAGAGAUGGACUUGUGUCAAACAAAUCUUUGGCAGAUAAUAGGCCAGAUAUUACCGACUCCAUUGAUACACUCAAAGCUAAGUUUUCAGAGAAAGGGCUCUCGGAGAAGGACCUUGUGCUUCUCAGCUCUGCACAUACAAUUGGGACAACAGCAUGCUUCUUCAUGACAAAUCGGCUUUACGAAUUCACUGCGGGUGGUGGCUCAGACCCCUCGAUAAAUCCCGGGUUCCUAUCAGAGCUAAAAGCUACUUGUCCUCAAAACGGAAAUGUCAAUACUCGAUUACCUAUGGACCGGGGUAGUGGCCAAACGUUUGACAAUCAAAUUCUGCAGAACAUUAGAAGUGGCUUUGCUGUGCUAGAAACUGAUGCUAGGCUUUAUGAAGAUGCUGCAACAAAAAAUGUUGUGGACUCCUAUUUCGGGUUCUUUCGCCCGUUUUUAGGGCCAUCAUUUGAGGCAGAUUUUGCAGAAGCAAUGGUGAAAAUGGGCGAGAUUGGGGUAUUGACAGGCUCGGAAGGAGAAAUCAGGCGUGUAUGCUCAGCUUUUAAUUGAUAAAUUGUGCAAUGGUCUCAUGGCAUGUUCAGUAGGCCAACAUUUUGGACGUCAUUAGACAAAAAACCAGAAGUUAAUAAUUGUUUGAAUUAGUUAAGUAUUGUCCAGUAGUGCAUGUCAUAUAUACAUGUUUCUUCAAUCAAUAUAAAGAAAUUAAAUUUAGAAUC